AUGCGCCGUCUUCUGCUAUUCGUGCUUGCGGGGCUCGCGGCCGCCGAGAGCGGCCCGACUCUCAUCGCUGGCGACGCCCUCGGCUCGGACUCGGUCAAGCACGCCAGCAUCGACCUCGACGGGCACUCGACGGAGGCGGCUGAGGGCACCUCCUUUUUAGCACGCGGCGAAUCGAGCCCGCAUCACCCGCCGAACGCUUCCGCGUCGCUCGGCGGCGACGCGUGCGCGGAGGCGGCCCACAAGGAGGCGUGCAUCAUGAAUGUGUGCACGUGCGCGACCAGCGAGUCUAGGGACGCAAACGUGCGCUGCAAGGACAACAAGUUGAGCGAGUUCUCGCUCGAGGGCGAUUCGGCGCACGCGUGGGACGAGGGCAUCGCCCUCCACGCCGGCGUGCUCGAGGCCCCGCUCGGUUCCGACCGCAACUUUCUCUGCCCGCUGGCGGAGGCGCUGAGCGCCUCUGGCACCGGCAGCGCCGACGGUGGCGGGACUUUGGGGCAGUCACGGCCGACAAUCGAGAUCGCGCAGGGCGAGAAGCUGCUCCGGACCGGCGCGAGCGACUUCGUGCGCGCCAACGUCACCAAGAGCAUCACCUUGCUGACGGUGAUCCAGCGCGGCCCGCUCCAAUCCGAGCACAAGUUUUGCGCGGUGGGCGCGGGUCCGUCGCAAGAGAGCGCGGCCGACGGCGCCAUCCCUGCGGUGGCCGUGCUGCCCCUCGCCUACGAGUGCGACGCGGCGGAGGCUCGUGCGGACGCGAAGUUUGCGACUGGCAACGCCGCCACUCCUGGCCCUCCCUCCCUCCGCGAGUGGUGGUGGUGCUGCGCCUCUGCGGCGGUGCUGCUCCUCCAAGCGUGUAACGCCUGCUGGCUGCUGCUGGGGCAGCGGGCGCCGCGCUCCGGUGCGGCCUCGGGGCAGCGGGCCAGCAAGGCGGUCCGUCCUCGGCUGAGCAGGAGUCACGGCUUGGUGGCCUUGCUGCUGCUGCUCUCCGCCUUCCCCGUGGCUCGGGCUGGCUCGGGCGAGGCUGGCUCGGGCGAAGCUGGGUCCGGGAGUUGGGAGCUGUCGACUCCGCCUCCAUCUCCGCCUCCUGCGCCGCCCCCCCUCUCCGAGCAGCUCGGCUGCACUUUUGAUUUGGACAAUUGCGGCUGGAACGACACCGCGCCGGACGGGUACCCUUGGACCCGCACGAGCGGCGGCACGCCAUCGUCAAACACAGGCCCGAGCGGCGACCACACCACCGGCUCGGGCUCCUACCUCUUCACCGAGGCCUCGUCUGGCCGCUCCAACAAGCUGCACCAGCUCGAGAGCCCGCUCUUCUCGCUCCAGCGGGACGCCACCCUCUCCUUCUUCUACCACAUGUACGACAUUACUGACUUGGCCAUGGGCACCCUCUCCGUCGAGGCGCACGUGGACGGCAGCGGAUGGUCGACGCUCUGGAGCCUAACUGGCAACCAGGGUAACGCCUGGCUCGACGCGUCGGUCGUCCUACCCGCAUUGACGACGCAGGUGCGCCUCAACGACAUCCGGGACGAGAUCACCAAGGCCGUGGACCAGGGCCGCAACGCGAUCGUCUACGACGUGUCCUUCACGGGCUGCGAGGCCAGCGAGCACGGAGGAGGUAUGUACGUGUACGAAAGCGGCGACGUCUCGCUGGACGGCGCCAGCUUCAGCGAGUGCACGGCUGCUGCAUAUUACGGAGGAGGUUUGUACGUGUGGGGCAGCGGCGACGUCUCGCUGGAAGGCGCCAGCUUCAGCGAGUGCACGUCUGGCAGGUACGGAGGAGGUAUGUAUGUGUCCGGCAGCGGCGACGUCUCGCUGGAGGGCGCCGGCUUCAGCGAGUGCACGUCCGGCUAUUACGGAGGAGGUAUGGUCGUGUCCAACAGCGGCGACGUCUCGCUGGAAGGCGCCAGCUUCAGCGAGUGCACGAUCACACAAGCGGCUCUUUAUCUCGCUGGCAUCGACCGCUUAGCUCUCACCAACUCGCAGUUUGUCGACAUCGUUGCGAGCCAAACCCCCGCCGCACUCUUCUACUCCUCCCGCAUCGCUGGCUCCGACUCGAUCCUCCGCAACACGACCUUCUUCGGCAACUCUGCGCCGGGACACAUCACAAUCCUCGCCGCCUCGCCUCUAACGUGGGACUGCCCGCUCGGCUCUUGGAUGCCGAACGUCGGCCAGCUCUUUGGCGACCUGUCCGGCUGCAACAGGCUCUGCGCCGAGGCAAAGCUCAAGCUUCUUCUCAGCUUCUACCAGGUUGUCGUUGUCAUACCGACCAUCUACGGGGUGACGCUCCCGCAGAGAUACACAACGUGGCUCGACGGGAUUACUGAGGUGAUUUCUCCGUCCAACUGGAUGCCCAUACCCUGCGUGUCCUACACGCAACUGUUUUUGCCUUACGUCUUCACUCCACUGGGGCUGGCCCUUUCCCUCUUGCUCAUGGGUGUUGGGAUGGGCUUCUCGCAGUGGCGCGCUCUCCCAGCGCCGCGUCCGCCACCUCAUCGGACUGUUGCCGCGGGUCUGCUCGAAGUCUUGCCCGCUACGCUGAUCCUCAUGUACUACUUUGUCCCGCCCAUCAACGCCUAUAUCUUCCGCUUCUGGCGGUGCAAGCUCUACACAACCUCGAAGCCUGGCGAACCUCUCGAGCAAUACCAGGUGAUGGUGGAGCAACCUAGUAUCCAGUGUGCCAGCGACGAACACGAUUCGAUCUUUCGCCGUUACAUCAUCGGGUCCAUCGUCAUCUGGCCAGUCGGCUCGAUGGUGCUUUACUCGUCGCUGCUCGUCGCGUGCUACAAGCCGCUGCACGCACAGCUUCACACGGCGCUGACGCGGGCCAGCGCCUUCCUGCAUCAGGAUUACGAGACGCAGUGGUGCUGGUGGGAGGCCCUGGAGCUCGCACGCAGGCUGGUGCUGACAGGCGCGGUGACGGCGAUCAUCCCAGAAGAGCGCGCCUUCUUGCGCCUUGUGUUGGCGACGCUGAUUUCCACACUGCACACCUGCGGCAUCGCCCUCGUACGCCCCUUUAAGAGGGUCGAGGACGAUGUGCUAGCGGUGGCGACGAGCCUGACGACGCUUCUCAUAUUUCUCACCGCCAACUGGAUCUUCAUCUUCGACGGCAUUGACGAGCACUAUUAUGAUGUUAGCCUUGCGAGAGCAGAUCCGCUCGACGUGUUGGGCUUUGGCAAGCUGGACGGCAUCGUCGCGGUCAUGAUAUCGCUCGUUUUCAGCGUCCUUUUCCUCUUCAUGAUCGGAGCCGUCAUCGCCGCCCGCCGUGUCGCCAAGAUCCCCAAGAUCCGCCUCGUCUCGACCAAGCAGCCCCCCGAGCUGAGCAUCGUGCUCGGCCUCACGUGGCACCUCUUCAACAGCCACAUCUGGUCGACCGGUCAAGACGCCGUCAAGGUCAUCAAGGGUGAGCUCGAGCAGCUGCUGCCGGACAUCAAAAACUGCCUCCGAGAGGUCCGCUCGUCGCUCGAGAAGGACAAGCCGCUCGUCCUCGUCCAAGAAGCGGACCCUGCAAAGGGUGGCGGGACGCUCCAGGCGCUGCGCGACGAGUGCCCCGAGGACCUGCAGCCCGACAUCUUUGACAAGGACUGGCCGCUCACGAUCUGGUAUCGCGUCGAUGACUUUCAGCUCAUCUCCCUCAAGAUCAUCGCCGAGGCGCCGCCCAGCCACGCGGCGGUGCUCCUCUGUUCGCCCAACUUUCUGGACAAGACCUCCCUCCCGCUCUGCGUGUCGGGCGAGCCCGAGAGCCAGUCGCUCGUCUUUUCCAAAUCGUGCACGCUCUGGGCCUCGCCAGCCAACCCGGGCGCCGCAGAGCUGGCCUGCGAGCUUGCCAGGGCCUUUCCCGGCCUCACCGUCUCCACCGUUGCGGACGUUGGCUCUUCUGCAUCAGCGCGCCCCUCCAUGGCACUUCGCGGGUUGGCACGCCGAACGCGCCGCGCCGGCGAUGUGACCCAUAUGCUUCUCUACCUCAAUCAGAAUACCUGGCUAGAGGACGACGGCGAGACCUUGGCCGAGCAGGUCAAGCAGGCGCGGGAAGACAAGCUGAAGAUUGUCAUGGCGCACGAGAACGACCCCGCGCUCGGCGGCUGCCAGUUCUCGAGGUUUUUCGAAGUCACGCCGCAGGAGCGGAUGUCCAACAGGGGUCGUCCCUGCCCGCAGGUGUCGCUCGUCCUUCUGGCAAAGAGCCUAGGCGCGAGCCCCGCUCGGUCGCGGGCGGACCUCCUCCUUUCGGGCAGCGCCGCAGAGGGCAGCACCAGCCUCGCGAAGCGCAGCUUUGGCGGCCUCAGCCGGUUUUUCGCCAAGAUGAGCAGCCGCAGCUCUGCGGAGGCGCGCGACGUCUCUGGAGGCGAGGCGUCGUCGGUGCAGCGGCAGGUCUAA